UACAUGAGAAUAUGCAAGUUUAAUUGCAAAAUGUUUUUUUUUUUGGUUUCUAUUAUUUUUCUUAUUUUGUUUUCGUUUCACAUAUGAAUACUAUUUAGAUGUGUAAAUAUAAUUUAAACUGCCAUCAAUGCAACUCAUUUUUAAGUUAACUUGUUUUAUUCGAGUCUUUUGAAUGCAUAAUAAUGAAUGACACCAACUAUAAACACAUAAUACACAUUAUAUCGUACACAUUCACUGAGCAUGCUUUCGUGACAUAUCUAAUAAAAAUGAGUAGAGAACAUGUCAUAAAAUAAUGCAGCAGUGAAUAUACAUGUAUAUUCAAAUAUAGUAGAUACAUUAAAUGAAACGGUAUUUAAUUCAAAUUAUUUUUCUUGUAGUCGUGUUUCGGUAAUGCGUGGCCAAGUGGUAACACCUCAAGGACUGGGAAUAAUUGGCAUUCGCGUGUCAGUAGAUCGAGACUCACGAUUUGGUUUCACGCUCACUAGGCAAGGUGGAUGGUUUGAUGUUUUGGUCAAUGGAGGAGGGGCCGUAACGUUACAGUUCCAGAGGUCUCCGUUUAGACCCUUAACACGAACCGUUUUCGUUCCAUGGAAUCAGAUCGUAGUACUACCACCUGUGCAAAUGCAGCUGAACGACGAAGAUGACCAAACAAGGUUGGCGAUAAAACCAAUGCUCGCAAAUCCAGCAUACAGCUUCCUAAGCAUUUCACAAUAUCGUUUCCUAGAAGAUAACCCGUCCCCGGUAGCGAUUUGUUUAGAGCAUGACCAUGCCCUAUUGACACCUUUGCUGUGGAAUGGAAUGACAAAUGGUUUUGGCUCCAAGCCAGGAAAGAGUGUAAUUUUUGCUGAAACACAGAUUGUGCAAGAAUCAAUUCAAAUCCCGGGUUCGAACCUACAUUUAACCUACCAAACAUCACAGGCUUCCGGGUACAAAAGUAUCGUGCGUAUGCAACUAACGCACGAUACAAUUCCCGAAACACUAACUCACGUUCACAUUGGAGUCCAAAUUGAGGGAUCAUUGCAUGUGAAAACUUACGAAGCAGACCCGAAUUUGAGCUACAUUUUUGCAUGGAAUAAACGCAACGUGUACAAACAGAAGGUUUACGGUACCGCAGUGGCUCGCAUAUCUAUCGGCUAUAAGCACUCAACUUGCAAAGACAUAAUUUGGGAAACGCAAACAGCCAAACUGCAAGGUUUCGAUGUGGACAUAUCGGAUAUUGGUGGUUGGGGCCUGGAUAUUCAUCAUCACUAUAAUUUCCACGAGGGAAUUUUGCAAAAAGGUGAUGGAACAACGUUACAUCUAAAAGAAUACCCCCGAGUUGUCAAACAGGUCAUGGGAGACGGCCAGCAAAGGCCUCUGAGUUGUAAGGAUCAUUGCAACGGGUUGUCUAAACACGCUAGACUGUUGACGCCAAUUGCGCUCACUUCAGGACCGGAUGGUAGCUUGUACGUAGGUGACUUUAAUCUUGUGCGAAGAAUUACGACAAAUGGUAGCGUGUUCACAGUGCUUGAAUUGGAAACAACACAGGUAGCUUAUCAAUAUUACCUUACGGUCUCCCCAGCAGACGGCCAUCUGUACAUUUCGGACCCAGAAAAACAUAAAAUUCUAAGAGUCGUGCAACUAGAAAACGUCCCUGAUCCAAGCUCAAACAGCGACGUAGUAGUUGGCAGCGGUCAACGGUGCAUUCCGGGUGACGAAGAAAACUGUGGAGAUGGAGGUCCAGCUAAGCAAGCUAGAUUGUCUCAUCCGAAGGGUAUCGCAAUUGCUGCUGAUAAAACAAUGUACAUCGCAGACGGUACAAACAUCCGGGCCGUGGACCCUAGAGGAAUUAUUCAUACUUUGAUUGGUCACCACGGUCAUCAUAACCAUUGGAGUCCUGCCCCAUGCAAGGGAGCGCUCUUAGCAACCCGAGCACAACUUCAAUGGCCGACGGGACUAUCGUUGAACCCAUUGGAUGGCUCCCUUCACUUUAUUGAUGACCGAUUAGUUCUCAAACUGACGGCAGACAUGAAAAUUAAAGUGGUAGCUGGAGUUCCUCUACAUUGCAACGGUAACGAUGAACACAACAAAACAACCUCAGACGACGUUCUUGGAACGGUGGUGGCAAUGGCAUUUGCUCCAUCGGGUGAUCUUUACAUAGCGGAUACCGACUCACGAAGAGUCAAUUCAAUUAGAGUCGUUGACUCUGCUGGAAAUAUGCGUUCAUUUGCUGGUAAACUGGAGAAUGGAAUGCAAAGCUGCGAUUGCACCAAUGCCAGUAACAGCGGCAGUAAUAGUUUUGGUACAAACGGAAACAGUUACAGUACCAUCACGCCGUCAGCCACAGUCAACCCAGCCAGAUAUAAUGCCAACCCUACCCAACAAAAUCCCUCUGUAAUGAUGAUGAUGAUGACUGGGUGCUUGUGUAACAAUCAAGCCAACACGAAUAACAUUCCCGGAGGCAACAGUAACAGUAGAAACAGAAAGGAAGACAUUUCUGGUACACAACCGGAAACUGUCCUGUCAUCAAACAUUAAGUUCCAAGCCAUUUCCGCUAUUGCUGUAGCACAAGAUGGAAUCAUCAACAUAGCGGAUCAAGGUUCACUUCGAAUCCUAGCUUUACAACACUAUCUGCCCCAACAUGACAGCAAUGGAGAGUUUCAAAUUCCCUACACGCCAACAAAUGAAGUGUAUGUGUUCAACCGUUACGGACAGCAUGUUGCGACUAAAGAUCUAUCAUCCAGCAAGACACGUUACUCAUUUCUCUACUCUAAAAAUACCAGCUUUGGAAAGCUAUCCACCGUUACUGACAGUUCCGGAAACAAGAUACAAUUUCUACGCGACUACAGCAAUGUGGUGAGCUCGAUAGAAAAUACACAAGAUCAUAAAUCAGAACUAAAGAUCUCAUCUAACGGUAUGCUGACUAAAAUUAUCGAACGAAAAGGAAAAUCUGAACUGCAAUUUGACUAUGAUAGCAACACUGGUCUGCUUCUCAGUCGUACUGGAAAUGGAGAAACGUUUAUCUACCAGUACGAUGAGUAUGGACGAAUGACGAAAGCAAUUUUGCCCAGUGGAGAAGUGGUUCGGAUAACAACCAUUCUCGGGGAGAAAAAUGAUUAUCUGGGAGUGCAGGUGAGUGAGAGCAUUUACUCACACUUUUCCCAAAAACCAGCGACGCCUACCUUGUUUUCAUUGACGGGCGGCAUUAAGAAUGCCAUCAUAGCAAAGGACGAAGAAGUGAUCACCGCAAAGAUCAGUCACAUCAACAACACACUUUCCGUGUUCUGCUCCAACGGUAUCGCAAUAGACUCGUCGGCGGUCUCUGCUCAUCCUUACUUGGAAAAGACAAUGCCAAUCGAAGCCGAAAUGUUACCAAUGUGGUCUCAUCAGACGGUCAAAAUGGGAGAUAAUCUAAUCAACACAAUGUAUUCCAAGUACAGUUACGUGGCAAAUGAAAACAAUCGCGUACCCCAACAACGCUUCAGCCGCGAAAUUUGGGUUAACAACAGCCGUACCAUUCGAAUCGAUUACGAACAAUUGCAAAAUCGAGAAGUGUAUAUGAACAAGUACGAUGAAAUUAUAUUAUCAGUAUUAUUCGACCAAUCCGGUCUUCCAAUUUCGUACUAUCCUGGUGGCGAAACAAGCCGCUUCUUUCCUCUGAAUAUGACUUAUGAUCGAUUCAAUCGAGUUGAAGGCUGGCAGUGGGGACCAGCUGAAUUGAAGUAUAACUACGAUAUGAACGGUUUGCUGUCUGAGAUUACCAGUCAGCAGGAUGGCAUUAUAUCAUACUCUUACAAUGAGCUAAAUUUGCUAUCCGAAAUCUCACUUGGUAGUCAGCGAAAGUUCAAGUUGACUUACGACGCUAACGGAGGGUUACGGCACAUCACCCUACCUAGUGGGACUAAACACUCUUUCAGUAUUCAACCAUCAAUCGGAUUUAUUAGAUUUACGUACACUCCACCAGGCAGUAACAAGCCAUACCUGCAACAUUACUCAUACUCUGGAGCAUUGCUUCAAACAAUUUACCCAGGCGAUGGUGCUAGAAUCAUAUAUCGGUACAACAGUGCGAACUUAGUGUCGGAAAUAAUACACGGAGAUGGGAAAAGUGAAUUCUCGUACGGAACAAGCACCGGUAUGCCAUCUGCUGUUGUGCACACGGAGCGCGAUCUUGAGUACCGAUGGGACUUUGACUACGUCGGAGGUCUGCUGAUGGAAGAACGCAUUGACUUUUCCGCGAAAACGGGGCUCUCGAAUGCAAAGUUCAGUUAUGAAUAUGACGGUAACUUCCGUCUCAUUGCCAUCCAGGGUAGAAUUGGCGGUCAAAACUUGCAGAGUCAAAAUUUUGCAUAUAACGAAAAAACAGGCAGCUUGGAUCAGAUUGGUCAGUUCAAGGUAUCGCAUCCGACUCCAAACCAAACAACUGUAGGCGAUGGAACUGCCACAUUCUCCCGCACUAUUGAUGGACGUUUCCUGGAAACUCUUAUAACUGUUAUGAUUCAUCGAAUGGCGGUUUUCCGUAUGGAGUUUACCCAUGAUAUGCAUGGACGAAUAGCUCAAACACGCACAUACACACGAAAUGUUGGUGUCAACACCUAUACAAACAUCAAGAACUAUACAUGGGAUUGUGAUGGCCAACUGGUAGGUGUUGAGGCACAAGAACCAUGGGGCUUCCGAUACGAUGACAAUGGCAAUAUGCUUUCCCUCACAUAUCGUGGCAAUACAAUUCCAAUGGAGUAUAGCAAUACUGAUCGAAUCCUUAAAUUUGGCGAAGGACCAUACAAAUAUGAAGCCCGCGGUUUGGUAGCUCAAAACGCCCGUGAGGAGCGCUUCCACUAUAGCACACAAGGACUUCUGAUAAGAGCUACAAAACGUGGCCGUUUCGACGUCCGCUACUAUUAUGAUCACUUGAACAGAUUAAUCACGCGGAAAGAUAACUUUGGAAAUGUGACCCAAUUUUUCUACAACAACCAGGAACGACAAAACGAAGUGAGUCAAAUUUAUUCUCCACGCGAUGGCAAGCUCAUGUCGCUAACUUACGACGACCGAGGCCAUUUGGUCUACGCACAAGUAUAUCGCCACAAGUACUACAUUGCCACUGAUCAGUGUGGCACGCCAGUUAUGAUGUUCAACCAAUACGGAGAAGGCAUCAGAGAAAUUAUGCGCUCGCCAUACGGACACAUCGUGUACGACUCCAACCCAUAUCUGUACAUGCCAAUUGAUUUCUGUGGUGGCAUUCUUGACCAGGUUACUUCUUUGGUACAUAUGCCAAAUGGAAAAGUUUAUGAUCCUCUGAUAGGCCAAUGGAUGACUCCAAACUGGGAAAAUGUAGAUCAACGAAUCUCAAAUCCUACUCGGUUACAUCUAUACCGUUUCAAUGGCAAUGAUCCGAUCAAUCACCACCACACGAGAGAUCAUCCAAAGGAUCACCUGGCAUGGAUCAAGCUAGUGGGAUACGACAUCAACAGCCUAGUUCCACAGGCUAACGAUCGACUUUACCAGCAAAAGAAUCCUUGGACACGACUGCAUCGUUCGCUUGUGAUGCCUGAAAUUAUGCAACACACGCACGAUCCCGAUCCAAUCACUAUUGAAUCAGGCUUUUUAUCGUAUUUAUCAAGGAGGAAAAUUAAAUCAUUGGCAGACUUAACUACUCCUCCCAAAUCAGCCCUAAAGUCAGAUGCCAUGAGUAUUGGACUCCUCAAAAUUGGUGCUGCGUCGGAACCACCAUUUGGCAAAGGAAUCAUUGUGUCGCGUACUGUUGAAGGUCAAGCGAUUGUGUCCAGUGUACCGGCGGCGAACCCGAUUUACCGUGAUGUCUACACCUCUGUCUUCAAUCGUACCCGUUUGCUGCCCUUUACGUUUGUCGUUCACAAUUCGCUACAAGAUGCAUUCUUCUUCGUGAAGGAAGACUCGUGGCGGGCUAGCGAGGAUCGCCAGCAGCUCAAACGAUUACAAGGACAAGUGAAUACAACAUUCCACGAGGGUUCACGAGAGAAUGGCAGUGGCAAUAACCACCUGGAUGUUAAGCUACACAUUCAGAAUGCGGUUAUUAAUUUGAAAUAUGGCACUACAGCGGAGAAGGAACGGCAACGGUUGAUGCAUCAUGCCAAGCUGCAAGCGGUUCGAAAGGCAUGGCAUCGGGAAAAGGAAUUACUGAGGAAUGGACUCAUAAGCAGUUACGAUUGGACGCAACAGGAGUCAGAUGACAUAAUGAAGAAUGGAUAUGCCAAUCUGUACGAGGGGGAAUAUAUUCACGAUAUUGUGCAGUACCCAGAAAUGCUUGAGGAUCCGUUCAACAUUCGAUUUGUGAAAAAGAAAACAAGCCAAUCUAGGAAACGAAAGCGAAGAGACGUGAAAGAUGUUUUACAAACAGAAAUCUCCUCUAUCACAAACUGCUUUGGAGGGAAAUGUUAACGGAAACUUAGCUUGCCAAAUUGUUAAGUAACAAGGCGCACUUCCGUGGGUCUCAUAUUCCCUUGUCGCAGCUAUCUCACUUUAUCCAACCAAUACCAGAACAUGAAAACGGAAGGUGGAGGAACAUAACACACAAAAGGUGAUUCGAGCUUUUGAGACUGUCGUCAUGAAUUAUAGACAAACAUAUUAGAAUAUAAGAAUACAACAAUAAAUUCAAAACAAGAAUGUGUGAGCAGAUAUAGAUAUUUACCACAGAAAAUAGAAGUCAGAAUGGGUAAAAACAACAAAUAGAGGAAAUAUUUAGAAAUUACGUGAUUCAAUUCAUAUACCUACGCAAAAAACACGAGAAAAACUUUAACACAGAAAUAUUGAUUACCGGAUAGUGCAUGACAAAAAAUAGUAUCAAAAAACUCAAUAAAUUUAUCCUUUUAUGUUAGAUAGCAUUCCUUUUUUAACCAAACUCUGCAUGUUUUAGUGCCGACCGAACCUACAUAUUUAACAAAGGCGAAUCAUUUUGAGGCAACAUCUUUUAAGAGCUCGUGAAGUAACAAAAAUAGCGUCACAAAUUACUCACACUGAUAAAUUCAGUUUCCACGACUAAAUGCCUUCCUCUAACGUUGGUGGAUGCAUUAACAAAAUAUACCACCAACGGUUAUUAUUUGCCCAUCAAGUUGUUUACCAUAGUUUUUGCCACUUUAUAACAGUUGCCAAAACUAAUGCAAACAAAAACGGCGAGAAUUAGAUUAUAAAAGGAUUUUCCGAGUGACCAAAAUUUACGAGAAAAGAUAUUGCAAACAAACCUACUUUCAUGUGGAAAUAAAAUUAAACAAUAGAAAUAAACUAAAGUGUAUUGAGUAUGUGAAAUAUAGGGAACGAAUGACGAACAUAAUUUGUAAACAUUUAAAAUGGAAAGUGAAGAAACUCAAUGUAAAACUGUAUAUAAUAGUCACUUAAGCGAGGCAUUUAAGGAUUGGAACUAUUGACUGUAUAAUAUUCGAAAUUAGGAUGAAGAAAAAAGAUAAUCUAGAUGAUUUAUUGUCAUACUGUAAAUGUUUAAUUUAUAAAUCUAGUGAUAUAAGAUUAUCCUAGCAUUACGCAGCGUCAUAGAAAGAUAACAGCAAAAUUGUAUAACUGUAAAUAUUAUUGAUACAAAAAUGGGAAAAAAUGACGAUUUUUUGUAUUUCAAUGACGCUAUUUUUACAAGAGGCGUUACCUUUGAGCAUGAGUACUCGGAAAAGCACUGAAAUCAACAAAAAACAAAAACAUUUUAAUGGGCUUCGCAAAGCUUUAAACCAUUUUAGACUCCGAACGCGUUAAAAUUUUCGAGAAAGAUUAAAAAAGUGACUAGAAAAAAAUCCUCAAAAUCAUUCAGUCACGCGAUUCCUGAACUGAUACGAUAUAUGACAUGACAUGACAUGUCAUGACAUGAUAUGAUAUGAUAUGACAUAUAUGUUUAGAAAAACAAGUGAAUGUAAAAAACGGAUUGCUUAGCAGUUAAUUUAUUUAUUAAAAUAAUUUCAUAAUUUUAAUUUCAUGUUUUGAUCAAUAUUGUAUCAAGAUUAUAAAAUCAGAAAAAACACGGAUCUGACACGUGCAAUGUAUACUUUUUUUCUAGUUAUUCGAUUGUUCACAUGGCAUAUGCCAUGUUUCAUGUUUAUCUAGAAUGUUUUAAAAUCGGUUUUAAAUGCAUACCAACAAGUUUUUGAAACGCUUCUAAACAAAAUUUCACAGCAUAAUUUAUAUUAAGUGGCUAUAAUUUGAAGCUUUUAACAUAAACAUGAGGUUACAUUUUAACACGUGAGACAUACACUUUACGCCGGAUCACAAGAAAGGUGCUAAACGUUUUUGCCAAACAAAUAAAUUUCGGAAAAAAGAAACUUUUACACAAGAAUAGCACAAUCCCCAUUUUGAAUAGCACAAAAUGUGAUCGAAAAGUCAAGUUCAAAUGGUGAGCCAGCCUAUGUUUUGAAAACAUGUAGAUUUAAAAGUAAACGCAUACAGAAGCAGUGAUUGAUUGAGUCUGAUUAAUUUUAAUUAAUUGUUUGUUUUUGAUUUGUCCUGUGUUCCACGCAUAAAUCUCCAAUGUGAAUAUGAAUUCCGUAUUCACAUUAGAAAAUUAUGGGUAAAAACAUAUUUCUUUUGUUAUCGAUGCCAUCAAUGUUUUUUUUUAUCUAAAAUGUACAUUUUUGUAAUUCUUUCUCCCACCAAACGUCCAUUGUGGCUAGUAUUUGUUGAUAAUAACUAUCCUCUUUUCCAAUCGAUUUAGAAAAAAAGCGCCAUUCAAGAUAAAACAAAAAUCUACCAUGCAAGGUAACGUUUUAUGUAUUAUAUAUUUAGAAUACCGAAACGAAAGUCCAGAUCGUCCGAACAUGUAUUAGAAAAGCUAAUGUAUAGAACUAAAUAACAUUGAACAACACAACAUUUUGAUUUCAACAAUGGGUUGAAUAGACCUAAACGAAAUGACAAAAAAGAAAGAAAUUGCCAUUCAUUAUGAUCCCCCUAUAAUUUUACGAUAAAUAUAGGAACUCUACAAUGCCAUAAUGGCACAAUUUGGAAAUAGGUAGCAUUGCACAAAGCUGCGCUUUUUCGAUGCAGUAGUUAUAAAACUACCAACAUCAAGGGAAAUCUUUGAAAUAAUUGAUGAUAAAGAAUAGAGUAUGUUUAAUUACAAUUUAAUUGUUGUAUGUGUAUAUAAAUAUAUAUUUAGUAAUAUACGAAAUAUAGAAAACAAUUUAUAUAAAA